CAAAAGUCUGAGGGACAAGAUGAAGAGAGAGGAAAAGUCUGAAUUUUAAAAAAUAUUCUCAGUGCAAUUCUGUGUGUAUCUUGCCCACCAACUGAGAACGGUGAUUCAUAAAAAGUAGUGCAAGUCUGCUAUUUGUUUCAAUGCAUUGUACUGAAAGUACUAUUUCAGUACUUUGCACAUGAUAUAGCUUCUUUCAUGCAAGACUUGGAAGGUACAUUUGUAACAAAAGCAUUAUCAGUCCUCCAAUGUCGCCCCCUCCCCCUUGCACCUCGUGUAGCCAUUACACUUCUGCGGAGUAAAAUGCUGCCAUUGUGACAGACUUCAAGGGCCAGGGCAGCGGAGAAUCAGCCCCCAGACCCCGAACAGUCCGGGCGGAAGAGGGGGGAAUGAUGAGAGCGUGGCUGGAGGGGUUUAUGUUAGCGCUGAAAGGGAAGUUGAGGGAGAUCUGUUUCCUUCAAGGCUCCUCAGUACACUCUGAGCUCUUAUUAGCAGGUUUUAGUCUUCAUCGCCUUCUUUCACGACCCUGGACUCUCGGACACACACAAAAGCCUCCCCUUGUUAUUGGCACUGGAGUCUUGGCAGCCAGGGGCGGCUCUAGCUCUUUUGCUGCCUGCCUCAUGCAGGGCAGCCUUGGCGGAGCCCCUGCGGGAAGUCUGCCGGUCCCGAGGCUUCGGUGCGCGGGAGCGUGGAGCCGCUGCUGUUUGCAGCCUUCCUCCCCCUAGUUUCCGCUAUGCCGGGGGAGCGGAUCCGCACCGUGCCCACCGGCUGGGCAGUGUUGCGGGGAGAGCCCAGGGGCCGGGGAUGGGGCAGGAGGAGCCGGAGCCCCACCGCACAGCACUGAGGCGGUGGCUUGUGACCUUUAUUAGAAAUCUGCUCAUCACUCUGACAUGUUGGAUUUGUAAGAGAACACAGCUUCUCACCAUCUGAAAGCCUGCAAAUACUUAAAAAUGAGCAGCGGUUGCUCUAACUCAAGUAUUAGCCAACAACAGGCCCAGUAUCACUAAUCACCUCAUCCUGAUGCACCAUACAUUAUGGUUCACAUCAAUCUAUUGAAAAAAUUGAUGUGUGGAAUCUUGUUAUUGCUUGUGGUUCUGACUAUUUGUUUGUGGAGGGAAACAAGAAAAGGCUACUACAUUCCCUUCAAAACAGAAAGCAAAAGUUUUCAGAUUCCCAGAGCUCUGGGAAAAGGAGAUGUACUUACAUCCCGUCUUCUUUCAAGCAAAGCUGUCAACGAGAAGGGCCAACUAUCUGCUGCUUUGCCGGUCAAACUGAAUAAAGUAAAUGGCAUCAUCUCUUCAGCCCCUCCAGGAAACAAUGCAGUGGCAAAGUCCAAGAAAUCAAUGCUCUCUGUGAAUGUCUGGAAUGAGGACAGUUCAUCAAAGAAUCUCAUACCCAGGCUGCAAAAGGUCAAAAACAAUUACCUGUCCAUGAACAAGUACAAUGUGACUUACAAAGGGCAAAGGAAUACGGCCAAACUCAGUCCAGAGAAACUGCUGUGUCAGCUCCGGGACAGAGUGAAUGUGACAAUGAUCCAUGGGUCAGAUGGUCCGUUCAAUACCUCUGAAUGGCAGAUGUAUCUACCAAGAAAAAAACUCAGCCAAGAAGUCGGCCACUUCCGUCAAUGCGCUGUCGUGUCUUCAGCAGGUUCUCUGAAGUCCUCGCAUCUGGGACCAGAGAUAGACAGCCACGAUGCAGUUUUGAGAUUUAAUGGGGCUCCUACCGUAGGGUUUCAGAAUGAUGUAGGCGAAAAGACAACAGUUCGCCUUGUUAAUUCUCAGCUUGUAACUGUCGAAGAACAGAAGUUCCUUACAGACACAUUGUACAAUACUGGAAUCUUAAUUGUCUGGGAUCCAGCACCUUAUCAUGCCGAAAUUCAUGAGUGGUACAGAAAACCAGACUACAGUUUCUUUGUAAACUACAAGGCGUAUCGGACUAGACAUCCAGAACAGCCCUUUUAUAUCCUGAACCCAAAAAUGCAGUGGCAGCUCUGGGAUAUUCUGCAGGAGAACUCACUGGAGGAAAUUCAGCCCAAUCCACCUUCUUCUGGAAUGCUUGGCAUUGUGAUCAUGAUGACCCUCUGUGAUGAAGUGAAUGUUUAUGAAUUCCUCCCUUCCAAACGACAGACAGACAUCUGCCACUAUUACCAGAGAUACCACGACCGCGCCUGCACCAUGGGUGCUUACCACCCACUGCUAUUUGAGAAAAACUUGGUGAAGCACAUUAACCAAGGCCAAAAUGAGUUAAUUUACACCCAUGGGAAAGUGACUUUGCCCGGUUUCAGAAACAUGCACUGUUAGCAACUCAACUUCUACUGUGCAUAUAUACUUCUGUUGAUUUUCAAGGCACUUUUAGAAGGAUAUUGUUGAGAUUGUUAGGCCUAAACAUUGAUGUGCCCUGACAGUUCUUCCAUAAUGCACCCCUUACAUUAAGGAUUCCUGUGAUGCAACUUCUCCGAUCUGUACAAUAGCAGAAAGCAUUACACAUCCUCCACAAUUAUCCAAUAUCUAUUGUGUGAACUUCCAGUCAGAUUAGUGGGUCUGAGGGGCUGAGUACCUUUAGCUGCAGUUGGCCACCUGAGUUGUUUUCUAUGCAGUGUAAGCCAACAUAUUGCUGGCGUCACUCCGCUGAACUCAGUGGAAUUGCUGUCACACAGUAUCUUCAUGAGACUUUAAUGGGGCAUAUUGUGCUGUAUGCCAACAGAAAAUAUGGCCCAUUUUAAAAAAGAAUGGCUAAAAAUAAUCCCAUAGUUCUGGAAUCUUUAAAGACAGGCCUACGAUUAUGGACCCACUGUGAAGGUUGCCUGUUAAGAUAGGCAGUAGUUCAACAAGUUAAAAUCUAUUACUUGAAUUAUAGUCCUAACGACCUCAAGAAACAGUCCUUUAUAUUCUGGAAUUGUGAUGGCGAUUCUGCCAAAUCAAGGAGGAAUUGUUCAGUGUCGAUUUGUUUUGGAAUUUUUACCUUUGUAAAAAUUAUGAUGUUCAGUGAAUUGCUAAAUUGAAUUUAAAUGUCUGGUGACCACUCAGUCAUGUUUAUUCAAUGUAGCAUCCUGUUAAGGACACAGGAUGUCUUAAUUCCAAAUCAUUUUCGGGAAGACUUUUGAAAGGCAUAAAUAGCAGUUUGCAAUGGUAAUGGGGGUUGGUGCCUAGUUGCCAUUUGGACCCUGUUGAAGUCUCCCCAUUAGUAGUUUAGGACAAUAAUGCUACAUAGUCACAAGCAACUAAAUAAGCCAUGGGGCUACUAGCCAGCCACAGACCAGAUCUAGGUUUGAUCAGCUAUCCAAGUUGACCUGACAUUUAGAUAAUCUCUCUCGUACACACACAUACACCCUUUCCAAGUGCACAGAGAAUAAGCACAUUACGCUAUCUCUUGAAAUAGCAGCUGGGAAGGAGGAGCUGCACUCUGCUCUUCAAGCCAGUGCAAAAGGGAGGUGGGCAGAGCUUUGACUCCUUCCUGCCCCCUUGAUGUGAUUUUUGUCCUCAGAGUUCAUGAAAGGAGUAGUCUUUUUGAUUUCCCCCAAUCAUAGUUUUUGUUUGGUCUGGGCAGAGGGACACCUUGGUUUGUCUCCAUUCCCUCUGUUCACCUAUUCCAGAUCCACUAUCCCCUUUCUCAUGGUUCAGAUAGGAUCUUCGCUUCCAAGCUGAAGCCACUCGGUCACACUCUGCUGUUGUGUACAGUGGUGUAACCCUACUCAGGUCUGUGGCAUUGUGCCAGUGUAACCAUGGCUGGAACACCUGAUAGGAAAUACAAAUGCUCAACAAUUAAUGUGCUGUUUCGUGAUCCUACCUAUAUAUAUGACAAAAUUGAUGUUAUUUAACUUUCCGUCGGUGAUGUCAUAUAUCUGGUUUUGAGUGAUAUGGGUUUUAAUGAUUUUAGGUGCAGGAAGUAGAUGCUAAUUUUGCUGUCCAUAAUAUGCAUUCUUGUGGCAGGAAAACCGUUGCACAGCAACAGACUUUGUCCCCAUUGUGAAGAAUUCUGCCUUCUGUUAAACUUGUAUGUCCCAUUGGAUUCAUGGGAGAGCUUGGUCAUCAUUGAUCUGGAUCUACAGAGGAACCCUUUCAUCUCAUAGUAAGAACAGUUGACUUUAGUAGGGCUCUGUGCAGAUCCAGCUGUGAGAUCAGGGCUUAACCGAAUAAAGUACUAGCGAGAAAAUUCACAUCAUGGUACCUGUAAAAUAAGAAUUCCUACAGCUUUUAAUAAAACCUUGUGCACAUCACAGAAUAUCCCUAGACAGAUUUUUGCCCCAGAUGCCUAAAUGGCCCCCUCAAGGAUUGAACUCGCAGCCCUGGGUUUAGUAGGCCAAUGCUUAAACCACUGAGCUUGUGAAGACAUUGGCUCAGAUUCUAAUCUCCUCAAACCAGUGUAAAUCUACAGAGGCAACAGUGGCUUUACACCAAUGUAUAUGAGAUCAGAAUCUGGUCCAACAUUUAAAUAAUGUUUUUUUUUAAUUUCCGUACAGUUCUGCAAAGGCUGUGUCUGGGUAAUAGUGAUUCCAAUCUGUAACUUAUUACCAAUUUCCAUUGUUUACAGAAUGAAACCAUCAAGCUAUUUUCAUUAAUUAUGUAGCAGUAUUUUAAAUUUUAAGUGGAAGUACCAAAUUCAGCAUUUUUUAAAAUUUUCUGAACACUGGUCUUUUAAAAUAGUUUGAAAUAAUGCUCACGAAUCCAAAGAAGAUGUACAAUUUGUAAUAAAGUUUGUCUUUCU